UGGUAAAGCGUCUCUGCACGCGAGCGGUACUCAUGCGCCGCUGGGGCGGGGUGAAUGUGUGCGCUGCGCGAUUCUAAGGGCUUACGCUGCGUGCUUGCGUCGUGUUGUUUUUAUGUAAUGUUCCCUGCACUGGUGUGACGUUCUCUCUGAGGAGAGCAGGGAGCGUCUUGCAGGAGGGGCAGGCACAGCACUGGUGGGGUCCCCAAGAUGCCUGGAAUGGUGAUGUUUGGGAGACGCUGGGCUAUCGCUAGUGAUGACUUUGUUUUUCCGGGAGCCUUUGAACUUUUCAUCAGAAUGAUCUGGUGGGUUGGAAUUCUUGUUUUGUACUCCGUUCACAAAGGGAAAUUUAACUGUAUUGGAGGAGGAUUGUUGCACAGCUACCUGCUUGUCCUCCUCAUUCUCCUGGCUGCCAUAAUAUGUGCUGUAUCUGCUAUUGUGUGUGUCAGUAUGCAAGGAACAAUUUCUAACCCUGGGCCAAGGAAAUCUCUUCCUAAAUUGCUUUAUACUCGGCUAGGUCUUUAUAUCCCAGAAUUGGUCUGGGCAAUUGUGGGAGCUGUAUCAGUGUCGGACACCGAUGUACGUUGCGAAAGGACUGUGGUAAAUGUCGUAUUUGGGACAGUUAUUGCAAGCUGGAUUAUCAUCAUCUUUACCAUCGUUGCAGUUGUAAUUAUCUUUGAUCCUCUUGGGGGGAAAAAGACACUGUACCUGGCCGAUGAUAUAAAUCGCAACUUGGAAAGCAGUCAAUCAGGUCAAUUGUUUUAUAAUGUCAAGAAGACCGCAACCAGAGUCUGGGAGACGAGAAUCAGGUUACUGUGUUGUUGUAUUAUGCAAGAUGAUGAUCACCGAGUGGCUUUUACAAGUAUUGCAGAGCUUUUCCGCACCUACUUCUCAGACACUGAUCUGGUGCCUAGUGACAUAGCAGCAGGCUUGACUCUGCUCCAUCAAGAGCAAGAUAAAGUGGAAAACUGCCCAAAAGAGCCUGAAGAAGUCCUGUGUCAUUCCCACCCAUCCCAUGUGACUGAUGAUUUGGAUAUUGAAUUAGAAAAUGCUGCUCACUACAUGCAGUUUGCUGCAGCUGCUUAUGGAUGGCCUUACUACAUAUACACUAACCCAUUUACUGCACUCUGUAAGCUUAACGGUGACUGUUGCAGAAACAGCCCAACAGAUUUUGAUAUAAUUGGCGGUGAUCGUCUUAACUUUCACUUUGGAUCCAUCCUAAAAAUAACAGGGCUACAGUACAGAGAUUUCAUUCAUAUCAGCUUUCAUAACAAGAUUUUCGAGAUCCCAUUUUUUGUUGCUUUGGAUCACAAAAAGGAGGCUAUUGUGGUUGCAGUGAGAGGAACCUUGUCUUUUGAGGAUCUCCUCACUGAUCUGUCAGUAGAGUGUGAAGACCUGACGCUUGAAGAUGUUCUGGAAAAUGGUUUUGUACAUAAGGGGAUAACUCAAGCAGCAAAUUACAUCUACAGAAGGCUAAUAAAUGAUGGCAUUUUAAACAAGGCUUUCACCAUUGCUCCUGAAUAUAAACUAGUUAUAGUUGGUCACAGUUUAGGUGGUGGAACAGCUUCCAUAUUGGCCAUCAUGCUUAGAAACUCCUUCCCAACAUUAAGAUGUUAUGCCUUUUCUCCUCCAGGAGGAUUGUUAAGCAAAUCACUUGCAGACUACUCUAAAUGCUUCAUUGUGUCAGUCAUUGUUGGAAAGGACCUUGUUGCAAGGUUAAGUAUGCCCAACAUGGAAGACCUGAAGAGAAGGAUAGUGAGAAUAGUUGCUAAUUGUAACAGGCCGAAGUACCAGAUCCUGCUGUAUGGGUGUUGGUAUGAAGUGUUUGGAGGAGAUCCAGAUAACUUCCCAACUGAGUUAGAUGGUAGAAGUCAAGAUGCCCUAACCCAGCCUCUUCUAGCUGAAGAGAGUUUAAUGAUGCAUCGGUCGCCUUCUUACAAUGCCCUUGCGGAUGAAUCUCCUUUAGAUGCUCCACCUCAGUAUCCUCAUCUUUAUCUCCCAGGAAAAAUCAUCCAUAUUGUAGAAGAAACCAGCUCAAGAAGGUGGUCUUCUGAUGUUAAAUAUACUGCAAGAUGGUCAAAAGAAACAGCCUUUAGCAAUAUUUUAAUAAGUCCCAAGAUGAUAACGGAUCACAUGCCAGAUGUUGUGCUCAAAGCCCUGAACAACUUGACUGAGGAAAAAGCAUCUUGUAUUACCUGUCAAAUAGAAGGAGACUUUCACACCAACACAGUAUGACUAAGAGAACAGUCCUAUUUUUUUUCUUUAUGCUUCAAGUAUUCAGGAGCCUUUAACCCCAGACUUAAGUGGUUGUGUGCGGUUUUUGUUUUUUUUUUUUUUUUUACAUGCCUAAUAUAGAAACUGUGGAGGGAUUGUCUUGGUGAUGGU